AUGGACCACCCGCUCCCUUUAGCAAAGCGGAGAAGAAGGCGCAGAGACAGGAGGAAAUUUGCCACGAUCAACCGGAGGUUCAAAACCUUUCACAUCCACAAAACAAGCAGCUCCCAUCACUCGGCAGCCGGCGCUGCCUCUCUCCGUGCAGCCCCGUCCCGGUGCUACCUGCCUCCCCCACGUUCGUGCCAGAGCCUUGUUCAAACAAAUAAGCGGAACGAGGCUCGCAAGCUGAACCACCAAGAAGUGGUGGAAGAAGAUAAAAGGCUGAAAUUGCCGGCCAACUGGGAAGCCAAAAAAGCUCGGCUGGAGUGGGAGCUGAAGGUGGAGGAAAAAAAGAAGGAAUGUGCAGCGAGAGGAGAAGACUACGAGCGAGUUAAGCUGCUAGAGAUCAGUGCCGAGGAUGCCGAGAGAUGGGAAAGGAAAAAGAAGAGGAAAAAUCCAGAUCUGGGGUUUUCAGAUUACGCGGCUGCUCAGCUGCGCCAGUACCAGAGGUUGACCCGGCAGAUCAAGCCUGACCUGGAGCAGUACAAGAAGCUGAAAGAGCAGUACGGUGAAGCGCUUUAUCCCACGUCUGACAGUCUUCUCCACGGAACUCACGUGCCGUCUAAGGAAGGGGUUGAUAGGAUGGUCGCAGACCUUGAAAAACAAAUUGAAAAGCGUGAAAAAUACAGUCGAAGACGGCCUUACAACGACGACGCCGACAUCGACUACAUCAACGAGAGGAACGCCAAGUUCAAUAAGAAGGCCGAGAGGUUCUACGGGAAGUACACAGCCGAGAUUAAGCAGAACCUGGAGAGAGGAACAGCCGUCUGAAGCCUCCUCUCGGGCAAAGCCCUGCUACGCGUCUGCUCGGGUUUGGUAUGGGCAUUUCGCAGGCAAUUUUAAGUUGUAUCAAAAAAAUGCUUUGUAGACCUCUAGAAUCAAUAAUUUAAUGUAGUGGAAGCAAUUUGCUAACAGCUUCAGCUGUAUAUAGCGCUUACUUGCAGAAGCGACCAGCUUGUGCAAUUUCAUGUUCUAAAUAAACACAAUAUUUACC